AUGCACCUUCCACAUAAAGUCUUCGUUUACGGGACUCUCAAAACCGGAGAACCUAAUUAUUUUGUGAUGUCAGAGACUGCAGGAAAACAUGCAUUUAUAGAUAAAGGUCUCACCGUCACGAAGUAUCCGCUAAUCAUCGCCUCGUCUUUCAACGUGCCGAUGAUCGUUUAUGAUCCAGGAAAUGGAGAUCGAAUCCAUGGAGAAGUUUAUGCAGUGGAUGAUGAUCGGUUGAAAGCAUUGGACAAGCUCGAGUGUCAUCCAGAGGAUUAUCGACGUGAGAUUGAAAAAAUUGAGCUUUCCGAUGGGACGAUUAUCGAGGCGUUGAUGUACUCGGUGCACGAUUGGAGUCCCGAGAUUUUCGAGGGUUGUGCUGGUCCAUUCACCAGUUAUACAAGCGCAGGAUCGCAUCAGAGACCGUACAGUGGAGAGCUUUACCAUUUCCGAUUCUUCACU